AAAUGGCGAGCCCACCACUUUCUUCCACUCUCCCCACUCCAUUAAACCGCCUUCCCAACAACUCCAUUAAAAUCCCAGUUCCCAGCGAGUUCCAGAGAACCCCAAAAACAAAAAACACCAUUUUUUUUUUUUUUGGUCGCGAAAAACCAAACAAAAUGCCUGCAGAAGAUGUGGAAAACAGGGGAGUGAAAAACCGAGGAGGACAGCAGAGCUACUCGUCGUCCUCGUACGCGGUGGAGAACGACGAGGCCCAAUGGACUUCUUGGCUGGUGCCGAUGAUUGUCGUGGCGAAUAUCGGUGUGUUUCUGGUGGCCAUGUACGUCAAUAACUGUCCCAAGAACAAUUAUGCGGCGGCGGAGGGGAAGUGCACGGCGAGGUUUCUUGGGAGGUUGUCCUUUCAGCCGUUGAAGGAGAACCCUCUCUUCGGCCCUUCUUCUUCCACAUUAGAGAAGUUAGGAGCUUUAGAGUGGACAAAAGUUGUGCAUAAACAUCAGGGAUGGAGGCUUGUCACUUGUAUUUGGUUGCAUGCUGGCAUAAUCCACCUGGUUGCCAACAUGCUCAGCCUCGUCUUCAUCGGAAUCCGCCUCGAGCAGCAAUUCGGGUUUGUGAGAGUUGGCAUUGUAUACCUAUUGUCUGGAUUUGGAGGGAGCAUACUUUCUUCGCUUUUUAUUCAAAAAAGCAUCUCGGUUGGUGCCUCCGGCGCUCUCUUCGGGCUUCUUGGAGCAAUGCUUUCGGAACUAAUUACCAAUUGGACAAUCUAUACCAACAAGGUUGCAGCCCUUCUCACACUUCUGGUCAUCGUUGCCAUCAACCUCGCCAUUGGAAUUUUACCACACGUUGAUAAUUUUGCUCACAUUGGCGGUUUUCUUACCGGUUUCCUCAUCGGCUUUAUCUUGAUGCCCCGCCCUCGCUUUGGGUGGUUGGAAAACCCGAAUGUUCCUGCCAGAAUCAGUGUCGUCAAGUCCAAGUACAAGGCGUACCAAUAUGUGCUAUGGAUACUCUCUCUUGUUCUGCUCAUCGUCGGAUUCACGGUUGCAUUGUCGAUGCUCUACCGCGGAGAGAACGGAAAUGACCGUUGCCGUUGGUGUCACUACCUCAGCUGUGUUCCCACAUCUAGAUGGCGUUGUGAAGAAAAUUAACACUCUUAUGUAAACUCUUAAUUAGUUGUUUUCGAAGGUUAGACACUGGUUUUUUCCUUGCAAUGUAUUUGUCGUGGAUUUGGAUAUUCAAAUUUUUUUCAUAUGGUCCUGUUCGUGAUUGCA